AUGUCCAAAGUAAUCCUCCUCACCGGCGCGUCUCGCGGCAUUGGCCUCGCAACAGCACAUUAUCUCCUAAAGAAGUCCCACAACCUGGUUCUCGUAGCACGAAGCGAAGCACCUCUAAACGACCUCAAAACCCAAUACCCCAACCAAGUGGAAUUUCUGGCCGGCGACCUGAGCGACUUCAGCUUGAGCAGAAAGGCCGUCGACUUGGCAGUCAGGACUUGGAAGCGAUUAGAUGGUGUGAUUGUGAACCACGGGGUGUUGGACCCCGUCAAAAAGCUUGCCGACAGUACACCUGAAGAAUGGCGGUCCGCAUUCGAUAAGAACUUCUUCUCCGCCGUCUCCCUCGCACAAGCUGCACUCCCUGCCCUACGAAAAACUCGCGGGACAAUUCUCUUCACUUCCAGCGGCGCGGCGAGCAAUUCCUACCCAACUUGGGGCGCGUAUGGCUCCGCCAAAGCUGCAAUGAAUCAUCUGGCGGCGACAAUUGCGAAUGAAGAGGAGGAUGUGAUCAGCAUGGCAAUCAGACCUGGCGUGGUGGAUACAGAGAUGCAGAAAGAUAUUCGAGAGAAACACCAUACUGCAAUGUACCCCGGCGAUCGGGCGAGGUUCGCUGAACUCAAGAAGACGGGCGGGCUGUUGAAACCAGAGCAGCCGGGAAAUGUGAUGGCCAGAUUGGUUCUCUCGGCACCAAAGGAGUUGAGCGGCAAGUUUCUGAGCUGGAAUGCAGACGAGCUCAAGGGAUAUCAACAGGAUUGA